AGAGGCUACUAAUGACAAACUUUAUCUAGAGAUGCGACCAAAGCCAAGGCCCGUUCCGACAGACAAGAGCGACAGAAUUUUAAUUGAUUGCAAAAUAGAAAAAAAAGAAAGUGAAGCGUGUUAGUUAGUUAGUAGUUGGUGCGCUGCGUUGUGAGUUCGAAAGUGAAUCUAGGAGAAGAAGGAGUAAACAACACAACCAACAAACAUCUUCGAUCUUAUUCUAGGGUUUCAAUUGUGAUGUGAAUCUAAUGAAUGUAACGGGAAAAGACUGUAGAUAGAUGAGCUCCAGCAAUUUGACGGGGUUUGUGUUGGCCGUGCUUUCCAGCGCUUUCAUUGGCUCCAGCUUCAUCAUCAAGAAAAAGGGUCUCCAACUCGCCAGUGCCAAUGGCCCACGUGCCAGUGUUGGUGGCUAUGGCUACUUGCUUCAACCUCUCUGGUGGGUCGGAAUGAUUACCAUGAUUGUUGGAGAGAUUGCUAAUUUUGUAGCCUACAUUUAUGCCCCUGCUGUUCUUGUUACUCCACUCGGUGCUUUGAGCAUUAUUGUUAGUGCUGUCUUGGCACAUUUUCUCUUGAAGGAGAAGCUGCAGAAAAUGGGCAUGUUGGGGUGUCUUCUGUGCAUUGUGGGAUCAACUGUUAUUGUGUUGCAUGCACCCGAAGAGAAAUCUCUUAGUUCUGUACAAGAAAUAUGGGAAUUGGCCAUUCAACCUGCAUUCCUCUCGUACACUGCCUCAGCAAUUGCCGUGACAUUGUUCUUGGUUUUGUAUUGUGCUCCCCGUCAUGGCCAGACUAAUAUUUUGGUUUAUACUGGAAUAUGCUCGAUAGUUGGGUCCUUGACAGUCAUGAGUGUAAAAGCAGUUGGCAUUGCGAUAAAACUUACACUGGAAGGUGCAAACCAGGCUUUCCACUUUCAGGCAUGGGUUUUUGCAAUGGUUUCUGUCACCUGCAUCAUUGUCCAACUAAAUUACCUUAAUAUGGCAUUGGAUAAUUUUAACACAGCAGUUGUUUCUCCAAUCUAUUAUGCAUUGUUCACUUCUUUUACAAUAUUGGCCAGCGCAAUCAUGUUUAAGGACUAUUCUGGUCAAAGUAUAAGCAGUAUUGCAUCAGAGCUAUGUGGUUUCAUCACUAUUUUAUCUGGAACGACUAUAUUGCACAGUACAAGAGAGCCAGAUCCUCCAGUCGUUGCAGAUUUAUAUACACCAUUGUCUCCAAAAGUGUCAUGGUAUAUCCAAGGCAACAGCGAACCCUGGAAACAGGAGGAGGAUGUGUCACCCUUGAAUUUAAUUGCGAUUAUACGGCAAGACCAUUUCAAGUGACAAAGGAGGCUAAACUGCAUGAGGUAGAUCUAUCAUGUGCUAUCCUUCCAUUAAGCUAGAUAUAGCACCUGCAUUUUUCAUAUUCCUUAAGCUUGUUUAUAUUAAGCAACACUGUGCAGGCAGAGAGGAGACAGUGCUUCCUUUUUUGGGGGGAAAUCUAGGUUUUUGUCUACUGGUAGCACUUGAAACGAAGGCUUGAGUGCUAUCACCUAAGAAUUAAAAUGGUCCUUUGACCAUGUUCAUGUUUCUAAGGAGUGAGUUAUAGUCUAGCUUGCUUCCUUUUUCUCAACUCUCUUGUAUUUCUUCAAUGUAUUUCCCUAUUGGUUCUUCUCACACCACCCUGUCUUUUUUAUUUCUUAUUAUUUUUUUUGUUAAAUGAAGAAUGUUUCAGUGUUCUAGUGUUUUGCAGGCUGUGGAAGCUAAUAAUGUAUAUCGAUCCGUGUAGUUUCAACUUUCAAUUAUUUAAUUAAUUAGUACUUGAAAAUUA